UUUUACUGCAUGGGGGUGAGGGGGAUUCGGUGUAGGGUGGCAGAGGUGCCUCUGGGUGCUGAGGUCCCUCUAGGUGUGACUUCUAGGUCCCUCUAGGUGUGACUUCUUGUGGUGGGAGAGGCAACUUGAGACACAGGUAAGGGCUCUAGACCUGGAUUCUAGAAAACAGGGAGAAUGGUGUCUGUCCUGCCGCACUCACAGGGUUCCUGUCGGAAUCAAUUGAGAUAAUACAUUGGAAAACACUUCACGUAUCCAAGAGUCAACCAGAGAACGGUAGCUCUGUAGCAACCCCAAAUUUGAUUAACACAACAAACGUUUAUUCUCACUCACUUCACAGUCCAAUCUGGGCUCCACGAAGUCAUUCAGGGACUGAGAGGAGAGUAUGGAGGACAGUGCAGGGGCCUUUAUGACAGGGCCUGCAAGCGACAUACAUCACUUCCACUGCAUUCCAUUGGCCAGAGCUCAGUCACAUGGCUUUUAGCUAACUGCAGGGGAGUCUGGGAAAUGUAGUCUUCCUGUCUACCAGUGAAAAAAUGAACCUGGUUUGAUGAAGAUGUGGAGCAGGACCUCCAGAGGAGCGUGCAGGCUGUGCUCCGGGAGCUCAGCGCCCAGGCCCCGGCCCUGCAGAGCAACCAAGGCAUGUGGAGAUGGUCCCUGCACAAGAAGGUCGAGCGAGAUCCUGGUAAGAGUCCGGCGCUGGUCCGCAUUCUGCUCCGGGAACUGGAGAAGGCAGAAAGCGAGGACUGCCGGCACGUCAUCAUACCCUUGCUGCAUACGCUAAUGUACGUGCUCACUAAGGCCACGGGCAUCCCAGAGGAGCUCCACCGCAGGACCUACGCCUUCUGCACGCGGCUGCUGACCCUGCCCACCCCCUACUGCACCAUCGCCCUGGACUGCGCCAUCAGGCUGAAAACAGAGACAGCGGUCCCAGGGACGCUCUACCAAAGGACAGUCAUCGCCGAGCAGAACUUGACGAAUGAACUGUAUCCCUACCAGGAGAGAGUGUUCCUCUUCGUGGAUCCCGAGCUGGUGUCCGCCUCCGUGUGCAGUGCCCUGCUCCUGGAGAUAGAGGCGGCCCAGGAGCAGCAGACGCCAGAGGCCUGCAUGCGCCACGUGGUCUCCCACGCCCUGCAGGCCGCGCUGGGCGAGGCCUGCCACGCGGCCGCCCUGCACAGGAAGCUGCAGACCAGCUCCCGCGGCACCCUGGAGCACUAUUUCCACGCCGUGGUGGCAGCCGUGGAGCAGAUGGCCAGCGAGGCCAGCCCGAGCCGGGCGGAGCAUCUGGAGAGGCUGGAGGAGAUUUACUGCUCGCUGCUGGGGCCGGCGGCCGCGAGGGGGCGCUGCGGCGGUGACCCUGUCCAAGACCGGCCCCCUGGCGUCCCCCUGCCCAGCCCCUGCAUCACGUUCCACCUGUGGGCCGGCGAGGAGCAGCUCUGGAAGGAGUUGGUGCUCUUCCUGCGCCCAAAGUCCCAGCUGCGCCUCAGUGCUGACUUGGAGGCCUUGGAUCUGCAGGGCCUCCGUCCAGACCACGGGCUGGCCCGGGUGUCCGUGCUGUCCACCGACAGUGGCAUCGAGCGGGACCUUCCCUUGGGGGCCGAUGAGCCACCUGCCCCCGGCAGCCCCGAGAUGGAGCGAGCCGGGCUGCAGCGCAAAGGGGGCAUCAAGAAGCGUGCGUGGCCCCCGGACUUCUUGAUGCCUGGCAGCUGGGACGGGCCCCCGGGGCUGCACCGGAGGACAGGCAGGCCCAGCGGGGACGGAGAACUGCUGCCCGGUGUCUCCCGGCUGCACACAGCCCGGGUGCUGGUGCUGGGGGACGACAGGAUGCUGGGGCGCCUGGCCCAGGCCUACCACAGACUCCGGAAACGGGAGAGCCAGAAGUUUUGCCUCACGCCCAGACUCAGCCUGCAGCUCUACUAUGUCCCUGUGCUGGCGCCCAAGGAGCCUGCAGCAUCCAGGCAGCCCGAGCUGGGAGAGCUGGCCGCGUUCCUGGGCCGCGCGGACCCAUGGUACGAGAGCACGGUCAACACCCUGUGCCCCGCCAUCCACAAGCUGGCUGAGAUGCCUCCCUCACUGGACAUGUCCCGGACUGUGGACCCCUUCCUCCUGGAUGUCAUCACCUACUAUGUUCGCAUGGGCACCCAACCCAUCUAUUUCCAGAUCUACACGGUCAAGAUCUUCUUCAGUGACCUGAGCCAAGACCCUGCAGAGGACAUUUUCCUCACUGAGCUGAAGGUGAAGAUCCAAGACUCCAAAUUCCCCAAAGAUGGUUUUUCCCCCAGGAGGAGAGGCAUGGCUGAGGGCCCCGGGGCGGAGCUGUCCAUGUGCUACCAAAAGGCCCUGCUCAGCAACCGGCCCCGAGAGGUCACCGUUUUCCUGCGGGCCACUGGUCUGGUCCUGAAGGCCAUUCCAGCCAGUGACACAGAAGGGCCCUCCCAGUACCCCCCAACUGCCGCCCCUGUGACAGACCACACGUGUCUGAAUGUCAGCGUGACAGAGGUCGUCAAGUCCUCCAACCUGGCGGGCAGGUCCUUCUCUACAGUGACAAACACCUUCCGGACGGCCAACAUCCAGAUCCAGAGCCAGGACCAGAGGCUGCUGACACUGUUGCUGGACAAGGACAACCAGCGCACCUUCCGGGAUGUGGCCAGAUUGGAGGUUGCUCCCUGCCCAGAGCCAUGUUCUGGAGCCCAGAAGUCCAAGGCACCAUGGAGCGGCUCACACGGGCAGAAGGAGAUGGAAACAGUCAAAGCCAGGCCCAAACCCCUCCUGAUGCCCAUCAACACGUUCUCUGGUGUCGUCCAGUGAGCCUUGGCGGGGGGCAGCAGAAGAGCUGUGUCCAAGGGCGGCAGGCCCAAGAGGAAGGAUGCACUGCCCCGCCAGCCCCCAGACACCCACGCCAACAGCCAGAACGAGGCCAGCUCACGGGGCAGCUUGCGGCCUUGAGCAGGAGCCAGCGAGCGCCCGGGAGCACAGGGAGCCUGCCGUGGGGGCAGGGGUGAUGGAGAAGGGCCCACACGAAGGCCCGAGGACUGCGCAGGCAAAGCUGCAGCCACAGAGAGCACACGUGCAAAGCCAGCUUCGCACACGAACGUCCACUCCACCCAUUUUUCCACUCCCACGUCUCCCACCACCUUCUCCCACGCAAGAUCACCCCGGGCCCUGGAAACCCUGUGGCCCAGGGGCAAUGGAAGCAGGUAAAGCCUGCAGCGCCUCCCUCCCAGCCCCUUCCCUCCCUGCUCUUGGGCCCAGCGCACCCACCUCCAGGCAGGGGCCUCUCCCAGUUGAGAGGAGAAUGUCAGACUCAAUAAAUGCACACUAAACUGUUUCUGCUUUCAUCUAAUGCCCAGCAAUAUUUGCAUUUUAAUAGAAAUCGGGGUAGUACUUAGUAUAACCCAAUGUAUCCGCUUAGGCCAGGGGAGAGUUCUGUGAAGUCGUAA